AUGUCACGGCCGGACCUUCACAUCGCUGGCCCGCCCCAGCUGCCGGGUCUCGGAGCUUUGUCAGCAUCCCGUCGCUCCUGCUCCUGCAGCGGCGUUGCCGUCCACAGAACGGGCUGGAGAAAAAACUGGAGCGACACCGUCAGCAGAUUCCGUGCGGUACAUAAGCGGACACCCAGCCACCGGUUGCUCAGAGGGCAGGAGUGACUUCCGCUUCUGCAACCGAGAGCAGCAGAGCCCGGGCUCGGCGGCGAAAAGAACGAGCAGGAGCAGGGGCGUGCUGCCUUCGCCGGCGAUGGGGCGGUGGUGGGAGAGCGCCAAGAGCGUGUUCGGCGACCGCAGGGACGACGGCGAGGACGGCGAGGAGGACGGCGGGAGCGUCGGCUGCUUCCCGAGGAUCAGGAGGAAGCUGUCCAGGAACACGUACGCUUACACGCCGGAUCCGGAAGGGCACGGCGGCGGCCCCGCUCCGGAGGAGGUGGUGACGGUGGAGGUGCCGGAGGUGCCGCUGCGCGAGCUCAACGAGAUCACGGCGUCCUUCUCGGGGGAGCGGCUCAUCGGGCAGGGGUCCUACGCCAAGGUGUACCUGGCCACGCUGCGGGGCGGCCGCCACGCCGUCGUGAAGCGGCUGGAGAAGCCCUCCAAGCACGCCUCCAACGUCGUCUUCCUCAAGCAGCUGUCGGUGGCGUCACGGCUCCGGCACGACAACUUCGUCCGCCUGCUCGGCUACACCAUCAGCAACGACCUCCGCGUGCUGGUCUACGAAUACGCCACCAUGGGCACCCUCCACGACGUCCUCCACGGGGACAGGGAGGCGCUGGCGGGGCAGGGCGGCGGCGGCAGGCCGGUGCUGAGCUGGAUCCACCGCGUGCACAUCGCGCUGGACGCGGCGAGGGGCCUGGAGUACCUGCACAAGCUGGUGCGGCCGGCGGUGACACACAAGGACGUGCGCUCCACCAACGUGCUGCUCUUCGAGGGGUUCCGCGCCAAGCUCGCCGACUACAACAUGUUCAGCCAGGCCGCGGACAUGGCCAGGCUCAACCGCUCCACGCACACGCUCGGCUCCUUCGGCUACCAGGCGCCCGAGUACGCCAUGACGGGGCAGAUGACGGACAAGAGCGACGUGUACAGCUUCGGGAUCGUCCUCCUGGAGCUCCUGACGGGGAGGAAGCCGUUGGACCGGACGCUGCCGCAGGGCCAGCGAAGCCUGGUGAACUGGGCGACUCCAAAGCUGACGGAGGACAGGGUUCAGGAAUACAUCGACCCGAAGCUUGGCGAUCAGUAUCCCCCUGCCGGAGCUCUCAAGCUCGGGCGGAUCGCGUUGCAGUGCCUGCAGUACGAUCCGACCUUCCGGCCGUCCAUGGGCACCGUCGCCCGCGUGAUCAACUACGCCGUCUUGCGAGACCAGCAGGGCGUGGUCUGAUGGCCGCCCGUGCGGAGAUGCCAAGUUUUGCCCUAGCCCAUCGCCACCACUGCAGCUGUGAAUCCAUUCGAGCAUGACAGCGGCAGAUGUCCUUUGUGAAAUUAAAUUUGAAGUUGGGCUUAGGCAGCAGGCCUGUGGGAGUCCCGAGCUUAGUUAGUUACUAUGUCUCUUUCUCUUUGGUUGAGUUUGAGUUUCACUAGUUUUUUUUUAUGUAAUCGCUAUUUGUAAGAACUCGCUUGCUUUCUCCUCUUAAAUGACAUAGCAGUGCUCCGGCAUUCUACUUCCAAAAAAAAAAAAUCUUUGAAGAGGUACAGAACAAAAGUUGAACUGGGACCAAGCUCGUCGAUAAAUCAGCAACUAUGUGAUGGUACGACAAUCGUCGACACAAGUAUAUUUUGCCCCAAAAAUAGGGGAUAGAAUUAUGGUAUGUAAUACGCAUUACAUUUGUUGUGUAUACUGUAUAACAAGGGCCUACUGCCAUAUGUUGACCCCAAA